CGCACUCCGUACCCGUGAUUUCCAUUCCAAAGCACCCCCCGCUCCUUCCUCCCGUGCCUACACUACACAUCGACGAUGCCAAAACCCUAGCGCGAACCCCCGCCUCUCCCCGUCCUGUUCCUCGUGACGCGGCGGCAGGCAGCCAUGGCGGAGCCGGCCCUCCUGGACCCCUCCUCCGCCUUCGAUCUCCGCCACUACCCGGCGCACAUCUUCGACCCGGACCUCCCCCUCGACGCCGGCGGUCUCCCGCUUGGUGAAUUCGCCGGCGACGAAGGCUGCGAUGGCCUGGACUUCGACCUGCCGGUGGAUUUCUCCAUCGACGACUUCCUCCUCCGCUCCCCUGACCGCGGGGACGACGGCGACGACUCCGGCGAGGGCUCCGCCGCCGGAUCCGGCCCCACCGCGUCCUCCUCGGCCUCCCCGGCCACCUCCGGCGCCAACUCCGCCGUGGCCAACGCCGGCGUCCACGAGGUGAAGCACGAGGACUCGGACGAGGGGAGGAGCGGCGCCGCCCCGAACUGGAGCCUCAAGCGGAAGCAGGCGAGUCCCGGAGGAGCGAUCUCGGACGGGGCCAAGUGCCGCCGAUCCGGCGACGGGGAGCUUUCCCCAUCGGCAUCGGCGUCGCGUGCCGUCGCGGAGGACUCCGACGAGAGGUGCGCGGGCGGCGAGGAAGAAGAGGACAAGCGCCGGACUGCGCGCCUGAUGCGCAACCGUGAGAGCGCGCAGCUCUCUCGGCAGAGGAAGAAGCGGUACGUCGAGGAGCUGGAGGAGAAGGUGAAAUCGAUGCACUCGGUGAUAAAUGACCUCAAUUCUAAGAUCUCCUUCAUCGCGGCCGAGAACGCCACACUGAGGCAGAAACUCGGUGGUGCCGGGGUGAGUGGCCCGCCAUCUGGGGUGUACCCACCGCCACCGCUGCCAGGCAUUCAUUUCCCCUGGGUUCCUGGGUAUGCAAUGCGGCCUCAUGGCUCCCAUGUCCCACUUGUGCCAAUCCCACGAUUGAAGCCACAGCAGGCAGCAGCUGCAGGGAAGGUAUCCAAGAAACCGGAGGUCAAGAAGUCUGCGGACAGCAAGAGUAAGACCAAGACCAAGACCAAGAAGGUGGCAAGUAUUAGCCUUCUUGGUUUGCUGUUUGUUGCACUUGUCUUUGGUGCUUUUGUUCCCGGGUUCAAUCAUAGUCUUGGAAUGAGAGGAAUGAGCGACAAUAUGAUGUUUGGAAAUUUCGGCCAUUCUGAUGCUAGGGUGUUUAGUGUCACUAACCAUGGUAAAGGGCCUAAAGGUGGUUUAAAUAGUAGUGAUGUCAUCAGUACUGAUCCUGGAAUGAUUACUGGGCAUGCUGAUGGAGCAGGGCAGAAGCAUCGAGCUGCAAAUAACUCCAGUGAGAUCUUGCCUGCUUUGUUGUAUGUGCCGAGGAAUGGAAAACAUGUUAAGAUCAAUGGCAAUUUGAUUAUUCAUUCUGUGCUUGCAAGUGAGAAAGCAGUGGCACAUAAGGCCUCAAAUGGUCAGUCAGUUAAAGAUCGCAAGGAGACCAGUGUUGCUAUAGCUCGCUAUCUGUCCCCACCUGGAACGGAUCUGAAUUCAAAAGAGACGCUCCCGCCAGAUGCACCACUGCCACAGUGGUUUCGUGAAGGAAUGGAAGGACCUGUUUUGAACUCGGGAAUGUGCAGUGAGGUAUUCCAGUUCGAUAUUUCCGCAGCUUCAGCCAAAUCUGGUGGCAUUAUACCUGCUUCUCCAACUGUGAACUCCUCAAGUGUCAAUGCUACCCAGAAAAUUCCGAAGCCUGCUCCUGCUUUUGGGGGCAAGCUGAAAAACAGGAGGAUCAUGUAUAACGAGGCGAUUCCACUCACUGGAAAAACGGUGAACAACACAGAGCCUCGGUCUUUUAACAGCACUUCUGAAAGCAGCAAGGUACCUGAUAGCAAGCCAGCAUCAUCAGUUAUCGUCUCUGUGCUAGCUGAUCCCAGGGAGGCUGGCAAUGGGGAUGGUGAUCCAAGAGUAUCAACAAAACCCCUCUCCAGGAUAUUUGUCGUCGUACUGCUUGAUGGUGUCAGAUACGUGACUUACUCGUGCACACUUCCUUUCAAGAGUGCCACCCCCCACCUUGUGAACUAACCUUGGGGCCAGUGCAGCUUUCUGGUUCAUGAGCGUCUAGAUAGUUUGGGGAAUCUGAUCUGAUGCACUGGAGGUAGAUGAAUACAGUCAUGUGGCGUUGCUUGCUAACAAUGGAAAUAGACUUUUUUAAGACUUGCACUCGGCCUGAGGUAAUUUGAGUUUCUCGAAGGUUUGUAGUGGGGACUGGCGAAAUGUUCUGCAAGUUCAACCUUAACCCAUGAGGUUUGUGCUUCUAUGUAGUCGAGUUCUUAGAGACACCUCUCUCUGGUGUAUGAUCCUGUAAUACUCGUUGUUUGCGGAGCUGAAAAUGUAACAGUUGAUGAGGGAAGACAAUAACUGAAAACAACUUUGUACUAGUAUAGUAGUAUAUAUAAAUAUAUAUGAAAUGUUUUAAUUUUAAUGAUUA